AUGCACGUUCAACGUGGUAGUGGGAGCCAAGUAUAUCAUGGAGAGGAAGGAAAGAGUUUUUUCGUCCGCUGCGGUUACUUCUUCCCUGACAUCUCCCUUAUCGAUCAUCUCCUCAAAAUCAACGCGCUCGUCGUUUCCCCCAUCGCACGCAUUACGCAAACGAUGUCAGGUUCUUCAGACGAAUCGACCCCUGGCACCCCACCCCACCGCGCACCCCCGCGCCGCGGCCGAUACAGCGACGGCUUACCCUCGUACGUGAAAAGGAACGUCACUAGGGCAGCUGCUGCUGUUGCUGCGGGGGGCGUUGCAUCCGCUGCUAGUUCUGCUGCUGCUAAAGGAGGAGGGGCAGGAGAAGCCGGAGGGUCAAGCAGCGAAGUGGAGCGGGUUAAACUGAGGAUGCUGCUUGGUCCUGGGGAGGACGGCAGGUCUGCAGUGUCGGAUUGGAUCGCCAAUCCCCACACCCCAGGGACAAAGGUAAUCUGGUCUUGGAACAUUGCCAUCUGCCACCUCAAGCUGAACCAGAGGAGGAACAUGCGCACUUCCAAGACCAAGACGGCGGGGUGGUUCUGGCUACCGCUUGACACCACCGCGAUUUUCGAGAUGCAAGACACGUUUGUCGGGAGCGCAGAAGCGCGCUCGAGCUACACCCCGGGAAUGACCACGAACGUGCGAAGGAACCCGAACAGCUUCUACCGCACAACGAAGUUCCAGUACCGCCUUGUCCCCCUUCCCACCAUGAACUCCCCCACCUUUACCGACCUCCCACCUGUCACUUCCCGUGUCCCACCCCACUUCGUCGUCGUCGACACCGGGAAGAAGCUUUCGCAGCUGUAUGACUCGCACACGGGUGCCAUCGCGUUCGAGAGAGACUUUGCGUGGAUAAGCGACAGUGCAACCCAGGAUAUGAUGACGGCCAUGCAGAGGAUUUAUUUGGCGUGGAUGGGUGUGAAGCUGGAGAGGAGGUGGCUCGAGGGAGGACGUGAGGACGGAGAGGAAGAGGAAGAUUAUAGCGGCUAG